CUGCCCCCCCUGAAAACGAAACAAUCGGGUCACCUGCUCGCUUUUCUUGCUCUCUGCUUUUAGCAGUUAUACAGAGGGUUCUAGAGAGCUCUGUGUAGGAGGAAGCAGUGCGGAUGAACACGUGUGAAGUGUCUUGUCCCCGACAUACCUGUGGAGCUGCUGACAAGUUUGUGGACAGCCAUGGCCAUGUAUAUGAUGGACAGUGCAAUCAGGGGGGAUAUGCUGGAGAAGAAAGGCUCGCUGUUCCUGCGUUCAAACCACAUGCACUAUGACAAGCGCGCCAUGGUGUCUGGCUGGCAUCAACGUCGUGAAGCUGAACCUAUAGACUAUGAUGUUAGUAAAGUUCCUUUGGGCGAGAAGAAUUUAUGCCAUUCUUCAUAUAAGAGAUUUGGAAAUUCAGAUUCAGGAGACUGGAACACUACAACACAUCAACAUUUAUCCCAGAUUCAGUUAAAAGAUGAAUAUCAAGUCAAAGAAGUCCCUAAGAAAAUGAUCAACGAGGACAACAUCGGUAUUCUAGAUAUUAAGAGGUCAACUGGAUGUCCAGAAAAGGGAUUUGGAGCUGUUUUGCCACGCCAUAAUAAAGAUCAUAUGAAAAUACAUCUGGACACGACAUAUGCUACAGACUAUGUGGCCCCUUAUCCUGGCACAGCAACUUUAAAAGUUGCAGAAGUCCCAAACUACUCUGCAGCCUACAAGAAAUGCCAUUCCCAGUUUACAGACACAGCAGAUUAUAGAAGGCAUGGUAGAAACACCUUUCAAGAUGAAAGUGGCAUGUAUGCCAAUAGUCACAUGAAGCGACUGGUGUUCACGCCAACCUGCCUUAUAACACCACACCUGUGAAGAUAACAUGAUACACAACAUGACCAUCCAUCUGUUCUCCAUUUUCGAAUGUUUUACUUAAAAAAACAAUCUUAAAACAUUGUUUUAUGAAUGAAGAAACUAACCUGGAAAAAUGAAGUAAAAUUACAAUUUUUUAAGUA